GAUGCUCUCUCUGCUUUCCAAUCAAACGAGCCGGCCAGCUCCAAUAUCAAAUCCCAUCGGCCCCGUUGGGAAUAUAGGCCACUUGCGUGCUCCUUCCUUGCUCUCUUCCGCCUCGCCAGUGGCUUAGGAGAGAGGGGCCACCUGAUUGGAUGGCGUCCUCCGCCGACCCUUCCCAGCCUUUGCUCGGCGACCAACAACAAAUAGAACGGCGCCAGCAGCAGCAGCGCUCCGACGAUGUCACUAGGAAGUCCUCAUCCCCAUCGGCUUCUCAUGACUUGUUACGUCGGAUAACCGAAAGCCACUUCAUCGGAAAUCGUAUGCCGAGCUGGUCUUCGAGAGGAGACGGCGGAGAGUACGGCCACCGCUACCACGAUUAUUACAACGAGUACUAUCGUGAGGAACCAUCUAGCUCUAUUCCUCGCCUAAGGGCCAAAGCUCGGUCGGCCCUCUCGUCGAAAUGGGGCCAUUAUGCUGUUUUGUUUCUGGUCGCUGUUGAUGUGGCUUGCAUUUUUGCCGAGUUUCUGAUAGAGCUCCAUACAUGCGAGCUUCGGGAACGACACCAGGUUGUGGAUCGUCGAUGGGAAAUCGCACAGGAAGCUUUGGGGCUAAGUGGGCUGAUUUUUUCGUGUCUCUUCAUGGUGGAAUUGAUUGUUACGGUUUUGAGUUUUGGACUACACUACUUUAAGUCCAAGUUUCAUAUAUUUGAUGCCAUUGUCAUUGUGGUCGCUUUUGUUUUCGAUGUUGCAUUGAGAGGUCUCGUUGAGGAGCUAGGUUCACUUGUUGUCAUUCUGCGUCUCUGGCGAGUCUUCAAGAUCAUCGAAGAGAUGAGCGAGGUCAGUGCUGAGAUGAUGGAGAAGUAUGAGGACGAGAUAGAUAAGUUGAAACAUGAGAAUAUGAAGCUAAAGAGGAAGCUGCGAGGUUAUGGCGACGAGGAUGAUGACAUGGAAGCCAAUGCUGGCGGCGACGAAGAAGAAGACAAUAACGACUGAAUGUGAGCUACCAGUUGCAGGAUAAGUCAUUGCAACAUUAUUCACCUAGGUUCUCAGGGCUUUCUGCAUUUUUUUUAUUGACUUAUUCCUUGAUACCAAUUUGUGUUGCGUUGAUUGUUACACUUGUUUGCAAAGUUGGUGCUGUUAAGUAUCUAUGGUUCUUGCAUUUAUAUUGUUCUGUAUUUUGAGUUUGCCCACAUGCAAGAUUUAAUAUCAUCAAUACAAACCAUCAUGAUUUCCAAGAUA